GCAUUGCUGUAGAAGUUUAUGAGCUUUUGGAGUCGAUGCUGUUUUGCUGUGUGUUUUUCGAGCUCGAGGGCUAGGCGAGUGAUAGCCGGCGGCCUUCGGCACAGCUUCUGGAAGGGGUUUGACCGAGGAGAAGUGGCGUCGUUGCAAGAAGCGGUCGCCGGCGCACUUUGUAGCGUAGAAAACAGUUGAGUAACGAGGGUUUUAGGCUUGGGGUUGCUGGUAGGGUUCGAGGAGGAGGAGUCGGGAGGGUGGAGGGAGGGAGGGUUCAUCUGCUUCAAGAUGCGAAGUCCUGGUGAUUGCGAGUCCUGGAAGGAGGGAAAGCGUUAUGCGGUCCUCUAUUCCUCAUCGCGCGUUGUAUUUAUUUCGUUGUAGGGUGGAGGGGGUUGGAGGGCCGUUGUUUUUUUCACUUGCUUGAUUGAUUGGUUGGUUGAGAAGUGGAAGCGUAGCUGUGCUUUUAUUUAUUUUUUGUCCAACGCUGACGAGUGUUUUACGAAAGAGGACUCUUCAGCGGGUAUUCUUUGCGACAACAUGGAGGGGGCCUCGAUGUCGACGAAUCCGCGGACGGUGGACGAAGUGUUCAAGGACUUCAAAGGGCGGCGAUUGGGAAUGCUGAAGGCUCUUACUGCCGACGUGGAAGAGUUUUACCGCCAAUGUGAUCCAGAGAAGGAGAAUUUGUGCUUAUAUGGUUUUCCAGAAGAAGCAUGGGAAGUAAAUCUACCAGCUGAAGAGGUUCCUCCUGAACUUCCAGAACCUGCUCUUGGUAUCAACUUUGCUAGGGACGGCAUGCAGCGUAAAGAUUGGUUGUCCUUGGUUGCUGUGCACAGUGAUGCCUGGCUGCUCGCUGUUGCUUUUUAUUAUGGUGCCCGGUUUGACAAGAACGAGAGGAAGCGUCUCUUUAAUAUGAUAAAUGAACUCCCAACAGUAUUCGACGUAGUGACAGGAAAGAAGCCUGUGAAGGACAAGCCUGCUGUUAAUAAUUCCUCUGGCACCAAAACCAAGUCCGCUACGAAGGUGGUGAGUGCUGAAAAAGAAGUGGCUCAAGCUAAGCCUGCCAAGCCUGUUCCACCAAUUCAAAAAGAUGAGGAGGACGCCUUUGAUGACGAGGAUGAGGAGGAACAUGGUGACACCUUCUGUGGAAGUUGCGGUGGGCCUUAUACUGCUGAUGAGUUCUGGAUCGGCUGCGAUAUCUGUGAGAAAUGGUUCCAUGGCAAGUGUGUGAAAAUUACACCGGCAAGAGCAGAACAUAUUAAGCAAUACAAGUGUCCAUCUUGCAGCAACAAAAGGGCCCGUACGUAAUUUAUCAGGCCACAGUUUCUUCCUUAUGCUAGCCCCUCGAAGAAAGACCAUUCAAAAAAGUCACCCUUGACUUCCUUCUAGACUGGUGUGUUUGAUAGGCUCUAGUGCAAGCAGCUGGGGGGCUAGACUUGGUGCUGAUGAGAUGUCGUUGGUUGCAUUUGGAAAGCUUGAGGAUCCAUCAUUCUAAUUGCCUAGCUUCAGCCGAGGUACCCACUUGAUUGUUGAUCAGGUAGUUUGCAGGAUAAAGAAUACAGGUACCGUGGGACUUGUGUGCAUUUUUCUGCACAUGUUGAGAGUUUGGCCAAUGGUUAACUUAUCACUACACUUCGUUGUUAAGGGUAAUGUGAUAUUGCGUGUCAUUAUUUUCUGCUUUCUGGA